GAAGAAGAAGAAGAAGAAGAAGAAGAAGAGCAGGUCCGCGAACGCAGCGCAGGCGGAUCUCCGGGUGGUUUUUUUCUGAGCAGCAGUUCGUUGAGUUGGAGGCACAGGGUGGAGAACUGAAGCUCAAACUUCCUCCUCAUACGUCGGAUCGAUCAGCGCUGAUCAGAUCAGAUCGAUGGAUUAGAGGAUCAGCUGCUGCAGAGACAUGGAGCGUGUGUGUACGUGGCUGGUGUGCGUGUGCAUGUUGAGUGUGUGUGUUGAGGCUCACAGCGGAUUGGACAGAAGUGACCACGCCCACCUGGACCACCAACACCACCAUCAUCUGGUUUCCAAUGGCAACGCAGCCUCAGAUCUGUGUGUGAUAGACCAGCAGCUCUGUCAGGAUGAGAACUCCCUGCUGAGUUUCGAGGCGAUCUGCAGCAUCCACAAGCUGAUGGACGACGACGCCGAUGGCACGGUGGACACGACCGAGACGGACGAGUUUCUCAGGGAGGACCUGAAGUAUCACGACCCCAAAGCCAAACACAGUAGCUUCCAUCGAGCCGACCUGCACAUCAGCGUGGAGGACAUGUGGAACGCCUGGAAGAGCUCUGAAGUGUAUAACUGGACGGUGGAGCAGGUGGUGGACUGGCUGGUCGUCAGUGUGGAGCUUCCUCAGUACUCAGAGACCUUCAGGAGACUCCAGCUGGACGGCAGAGCCUUACCCAGGCUGGCGGUGAAGAACACCACCCUGACGCUGUCGGUGUUGAAGAUUUUAGACAGAAGUCAUUCUCAGAAACUGCAGCUCAAAGCUCUCGACAUCGUGCUGUUUGGACCUCCACCAGGCCGACAGAACCGGUGGAAGGACCUGGUUCUGGGCGUGUCCAUGCUGAUGGCUCUGGGCGGCUGCUGGUUCGCCUACAUCCAGACCCGCAGGUCCAGAGACGACCUGGGGCGGCUGAUGAAGGACCUGGAGGGUCUGCAGAGGGCGGAGCAGAGUCUGCUGGACCUGCAGGAGAAGCUGCAGCAGGCUCAGGAGGAGCAGCGCUGCGUCCAGGUGGCGAAGGUGAAGGUGGAGGAGGAGCUGAGGAUCGAGAUCGACUCGGCUAAACAGGAAGCUCAGCGGCUCAGAGAGCUCAGAGAGGGAACAGAGAAUGAGAGGAGCCGACAGAAAUACGCCGAGGAGGAGCUGGAGCAGGUACGGAUGGCGUUGAAGAAGGCGGAGCGGGAGCUGGAGUCGCGGGCUCACUGGGCGCCGCCGGAGGCUCUGCAGAAGUGGCUGCAGCUGACGCACGAGGUUGAAGUUCAGUACUACAACAUCAAGAAACAGAGCGCUGAGAGGCAGCUGCUGCAGGCCAGGGAGGGGGCGGAGAAGAUCAAGAAGAAGAGGAGUUCUCUGUUCGGGACGUUUCAUGUGGCUCACAGCUCCUCACUGGACGACGUCGACCAUAAGAUCCUGUCGGCCAAACAGGCCCUGGCCGAGGUGACGGCGGCCCUGCGGGAGAAGCUCCACCGCUGGCAGCAUAUUGAGUCUCUAACAGGGUUCUGUUUGGUCAAUAACCCGGGUCUGGGAGCGCUGGCUGCCGCCCUCAACCUGGACCCGUCGUUCCUGGGCCUGCGACCUCCGACCCCUCAGCACCUCCUCCUCUCUGAUGACCUGGACGACAUGGACGAGGACAUCCUGUCUCCUGGGACGCUGCAGUACGCAGCGUGGCAGAUGGACCGGCGAGUGAGCGACCUCUGGCCCCUGAGUGGCAUCGCAGACACCCAGUCACCAUGGAAGCACUCCGCCCAGAGUCUGAUGCCCCUGCGACAGAGGAUGGGAGACCCCGCUAUGACGUUCAGCUCACAGAGGGACAUUAUGAACCGCUCAGACUCUGACUCCUCCCUGCCUCUCUCUCCCGGCGAAUCCCGAGGCCUGUACAGCUCCAAGCCCUUCCCCGUGUCAUCCAGGCUCCACCCCCUGCAGGGUCAGGCCUCGGGGAUCGCAGGAGGAGGAGGAGGAGGCCUGGAGAAGUGCUCCAGCCUUGGGGAGCUGAGGGGCAACCCCGCGGCUGUCCUCGCCUCCUCCUGCUCCACCCGCUCCCUCUGUAUCACGUCCGACGCCACUGACAGCCCGCUCGUCUUCUCGUCCUCCGCUUCGUCCGGCUCGCUGGGCGGCGGCCGGGGGCCCGGCCUCCAGCUCCCGGCCAGGAGGAGCCCCAUGGAGGAGAACGGAAGUGAGGAGAGCGAGUCGUCCGGCAGCCGCAGGAGAAACGCCUUCAAUAAGAUCUUUAAGAAGAAGCAGGGACGUCACUGAACCUGAACAUCUCACCUGCUGUAACUGACUCAUGAUGAGACUUUCAUCUUCAUCAUGAUGAAGAACCUGUCACUCAGAGGAAAGACCCGUUUUUAACGCUUCAACUACUUUCAUCUUAUUUUAUCUGUUUGAUCUUUUCUCUCCAUGAACUGAACAGUGGACACAGAGAUGAGUCCACGAAGAAGAACAGGAGGAAAGAAGAAGAAAGAUUUUGACUUUUUUUAAAGGAUUUUUUUCGUUUCACAUUCACUCGCUGGAUUCAGCUUCACUUCGUUUGUCUAUUUUCUCUAUUUUCAUGCCAAAAGUCUGUUUCUUUAGUUUCCUUGACUCCGUGUCCAUUAGAGAAAUAACUGGGGCUGUAUCCAGUCUGUCACAGGUUUGAUUCCUGCAGCACCAGGUUCUGAUCUGAGUUUAUCAGUGAGUGUAAGGACAGUGACGGAGGUAAUGAAGGUGAGGUUCUUCAUAACUCUGGUGACUGCUCUUGUUAGCAUACUAGCAAUGCUAGCCCCUGCAGUUUGUUUACAGCCCUCCCCACACUGUUUCCUGUUUCCUCCUCACCACAACACAGUGGGUUUCACCUGCAGCUGAAGGUCACUUCAGUUGAAUCUGGAGGCUUCUGAAGUUUCUCCACUGGGGCUCCUCUGGAGCUGUCUGAUGACCUGAGCUAACGGUGCGUUCAUGUACCACGAACAGAAACCAGUAACAAACUGGGACCAGUCUGACCUGAACAGACGAAGGUCAGCCUGAAUGCAUUGUUAAAGCAGGGGAUUAUGGGAAACUGAGGACCAAAUGGUACAGCAGGACAGAAUCAGGCUGCAGGUCUCUGAGGACGCUGCAGCGUCUCUGAACGAGUGUCGGCCACACGAGGCUCGUCUUGUUUCAUUGUUUAAUCAGAGUGUAUUUUAUUAUCUGAGUGUCAGUAGAUGAAGGGCUCUGUUUCUAUGACGGUGCGUCACCACAGCUGACGUCACGUCGAUCAAAUAUCCGCUCAGAGUCAUGAUGAGUCCAUUAAUCAUUAAAUCACUUUCACCAGAAAAUUAAUGAGCAAAUAUUUUGAUAAUCAAUUUAUUGUUUCAAUCAUUUUCCGGUACCUCUUAUAAAGGAUUCAUGGAUGUUUAUAACUAGUUUAUUCAUCAGCUUGUUUGCACUUUAUAAAUCUGCAUCUGCUGCUGCAAAUCUUUGUGAACUGUUGGCUCUGCUGUGCUCAGGGAGUUUUCACAGACAAAACAAUUAAUUGAUGAAGCAAGAAAAUAAUCAGAAGUUUAAUCAAUAAUGAAAAUAGUCGAUAGUUGCAGCCCUCAUUUAAUUUAAACAAGUUCUUGUACAGUUACAUCUGACAACAUUUGAACAUAUUGGUCAGUCAGAUAUUACAUAUAAAUUAGUAUUAGUGUGAGUAUUAGUGUGAGGAUGGAGAAGAUGCUCCACCUCCACAUCCUGAAGACGAAGCUCCGCCCCCCCCGUCAUGAAAACAGAGCCUGAGGUCGUUCUGUUAUUUUCACUGUUUGAUUUUCACCUGUGAGAUUUUAAAGAGAAAGUGAUCCAUUGGCCGACGUGUGUGUUGUGUCUGAGGCAGGAAGUGAAGUUUAACUUUAUUUACUCUGAACAAAGAUGGCUGUCACAGUUUGUUUACUUAAAGAGAACAGCUGUCAGUGAGAGGACUUCAUUACCCAGAAAUCCUCUCACAUGGUGCCAAUAAACUAAACAGAGAGUCCACACACGUCGGACAGAAAAGAAUGUUCUGUUGCUACUUGCAGGAACUUUAUUCAAUAUUUGUCUUUAUUUAUAAUGUAAAACCAGCAAUAAACAAAUAAACA